CGAUUAAUUGCACAGCCCUACUUUAAAGUCUCUGCGGCCAUUGUUCUAACAACAAAUAAUUCCUCAGAUAGAUGCCUUUUUGAACGAUCCAUUGUGUAAUGUUAUGGCUGCAAGUUGUCAGAAUGAACACAACUGAGUGUGUUGGACCUGAGAUUGUUGUGACAUAAAGUGACGAAAAAGCAAAGACUAAUUACGUCAAACUAACCCGCGAAAUCCGACCCGACAGCUCAAAUUAUAACUCAUUUUAUAAGCUUACUGUUGUGAUUUGGUGUAAGGCAAUGAGAGAGUUUUGAAUACUGAUUUUUUUUGUUAUGUUUAAAAAUAUAUAUCUGUUAAUUAAUGACACUUUGUAAUAGGCCUACCGGUGUGAUGCAUUUCUUCUUUUUUCAUUUCUUUUCCAUAAUUCCAUUAUAUGGAAAAGAGUUUCAAACAGGUUUGGAACUAUCAGAGAAGAUCUCCUGUGUAUUAAAGUCAUGGUGAUCUAAUAGUUCAAUUAUGAUUAGUUAUUUGUUAAUGCUGAGAUGCUUACGUUAUUUUGUGAUCAGCAUUGUGACAUCCUGCGUGUUUCAUUUUCACUCCUAACCCACAUGACACUCAAAACCAAAAUAGAUUUACAAAAGGAAUUGUGUGCAACUGGCCCCAGUCCCUUAAAAUGGCUAUUUCUUGUCAUAGAUGUUCCGGUAAUUAAAAGAUCUUCUCCGGAAAUAAAAAUGGUUGGUAAUUGUAGUCAAAGAUGAGGUUAGGUGUACAUCAGCGGCUUGAUGUUUGAGGUUCAUGGGUCAGACGUAUGAAUCAUCAUGCUGACGUUCUCAGGUGGACGGAGCUAGCGUUUCGUUUGCAUUGCCUUCGGAGGUGCUAUGGGGUCAUGACCCAUGACAUCUACAACAUCUCAUGUUGAUGCAUUUAGAACGGAUUUGUGUCAUUGCACAGAGAGCUUAUAAACGGUUGAGAUGGUCCUUCUUCUGUUACUUGAGAGGAGUCGGUCACCAUAUACGUCUGUCUCAAAUCAAGUCCUGUUUCCAGCCACAAUGGUCAGUGAUCGGAUCUUUCUUCUAACCGUAACCUGCUCCGUCUUAAUGCUACUAGUUAGCUGCGAUGAUGUUCUAGAGAUCCGCUCUCCAGAAGAUGACAUGAAAGCUCAAGAGGAGAAAGAACUGAUCGAGGCUCUUCAAGAAGUUCUUGAAAAACUGAGAAACAAACAGAUCCCCACUGCAGAGAAGAAGUUUGGUUGGGUCCCCUCGUGUGAUGCAGGUGAGCAGUGUGCGGUUCGCAAAGGCGCUCGCUUCGGGAAGCUGUGCAGCUGUCCAGGAGGAACCACCUGCAGCUUCUCCAUCCUCAAGUGUUUGUGAACACAUGCCUCAUUCUGUCAUCAUCCAGCGUUUUAUUGUAUGAUUGUUAGAGAUGUUCGUUGUUUCCCGUCAGUUGUAACGUUUUAUUAAUGCACACAUCAAAUAAA